UGUUUUUUUUUUCUUAUAGAAAGACUUAAUAAUUCCAGGACAUACAACUGCCAUCAUUCACAGUGCACCAGAAGAGCAACCCAAUAACGACAGAGUAACUCGUGUUCAUGGAGUCCAUGAAGAUAACAAAUGUGGCAGGAACGUCAGCUCUAGCGGGUAAGAAGAGUAAAAAAUGUUUUUUCAUCACUCAAGUUGCUCCACACCAGCUAAUUAUGAACUCUGAUCACGGAUUGGACAAAGAUAACAAACAUAGUAAGGAGUCUACCUCCCAAAGAGAUCCUGAAGACAACAACUCACCAAGGAAUUCGAAGGCAGGAACGUCAGCUGUAGCGGGUAAGAAGAGUAAAAAACGUUUUUUCAUCGCUCAAGUUGCUCCACAACAGCCAAUUAAUAAAUAUGGGCUGGACUCUGAUCACGCAUUGGACAAAGAUAACAAGCGUAGUAAGGAGUCUACCUUCCAAAGAGAUCCUGAAGACAACAACUCACCAAGGAAUUCGAAGGCAGGAACGUCAGCUGUAGCGGGUAAGAAGAGUAUAAAACGUUUUUUCAUCGCUCAAGUUGCUCCACAACAGCCAAUUAUGAACUCUGAUCACGGAUUGGACAAAGAUAACAAGCGUAGUAAGGAGUCUACCUCCCAAAGAGAUCCUGAAGACAGCAACUCACCAAGGAAUUCGAAGGCAGGAACGUCAGCUGUAGCGGGUAAGAAGAGUAUAAAACGUUUUUUCAUCGCUCAAGUUGCUCCACAACAGCCAAUUAUGAACUCUGAUCACGGAUUGGACAAAGAUAACAAGCGUAGUAAGGAGUCUACCUCCCAAAGAGAUCCUGAAGACAACAACUCACCAAGGAAUUCGAAGGAAGGAAUGUCAACCUUAGCGAGUAAGAAGGGCUUAAAAGAUAUCGCCAUCACUCAAGUUGCUCCACAACAGCCAAUUAAUGAAUAUGCGUUCAACUAUGAUCGUGGAUUGGACAAUGGUAAGGAGUCUACCUCCCAAAGAGAUCCUGAAGACAACAACUCACCAAGGAAUUCGAAGGAGGAAUCCUCUGCAGAACCUCUAAAGAGGGAAGAAGUUGCAGUGCCUAUCUCCGGAAUAAGUGAUGAAGCUGUAGAAUCACCGUGGGAUUCUGAGGAAGAAACAUCAAGUGGAAAGGGUGAAGGUCGUGCUGCCACUGGAGGUGUCCCAGAAGGAGAUAUUCUGGAUUAUUUCCUGUCAUGUAGUUGGGCAAGGAUAGCCAAAGAGAGAAAAGCGUCAAUGGCAUCAAGUGGAGAUACUGAAAAGGAUGUGGCUGUCAGUCUAAGUGCCCAAGAGCAUGCAAAGGACACAUUAUCUGGUAUUGCUGGAGUGCCAGAAGACAAAACUAUUGAUAUGCCUGGCUUCAGACCAGAUGAUGAGCCUUUAAAAUACUCCUUAAAGUCUGAGGCAGGAACGUCAGCUGUAGCGGGUAAGAAGAGUAAAAAAUGUUUUUUCAUCACUCAAGUUGAUCCACACCAGCUAAUUAUGAACUCUGAUCACGGAUUGGACAAAGAUAACAAACGUAGUAAGGAGUCUACCUCCCAAAGAGAUCCUGAAGACAGCAACUCACCAAGGAAUUCGAAGACUAUUUCUACAAAUUCUUGGAAGGAAUCCAUUAAUCAAUCAAUGGCAGCAGAUGCAAAAGGAAAAGAUAUGAAUGAACCACUGGAAGAGUUUGCUAAGGGAUCCACUGAAUUGACGCCUCGUCUGGAAGCAAUACAUCCUUUUUGGGCAACAUCAGUGGGAAUGAAUGAAGUACAAACAUGCAGACAAGUUACAGGCAGAAUCAAGUUAAAACCAAUACCAAAACAUCUCAAGAGGCAUUUCCUUCCUCACUGCAAUACUAAUCAAUAUAAAAGCACAGAACCUGAGUUAAAAAAUGUCAAGUCUUCUCCAACAAAUAAUGACAUUAAAACAGCACCCAAGGAAGAACAAGAAUGGCUUGAUGGAAGUGAAAAUAAGCAG